AAUAAAUCAUUAUAUGUCAAGUUUUGCUACAAGAACAAGCUAAAAAGUUAAAAUUGUUUAUUAUUUUAGAUUAAAGAAUGGUGGGGAGCAAAAGUAACCGUAGACCCCUAGAUGGAAGCCAAAAAACAAAAGAUAAAUGAAAUAGACUAAUAUAUUAAAGGAUUAAAUUAAUCUUUUAGUAACAUUAGUGCAUUGUUUCAGCGUAUUUAAUUUUAAAAUCAUCAUAGAAAUGAAUGCACAUAUGGGAAAGAUUAGUGCAAUCUCAUCUAAGCUUUUUGAAAGAGAGACAGACACAAACAAAAGAAUUGGGAUAGAAGUAGCAUCUAUGUUUGGAAAUUUAUCUGAAUUAUUUAGAUCAAAAGUAUCUCAAAAAAUAAAUUUAGAACGAACCUGUUUUAGAGAUUAAUAAAAAUUUUUAGGAUUGGUUUUAAACAAUUGAAACUUUAAAAGUACAAUUAGCUAACUUUCAAGAAAUUCGUUUAGUAUAUGAUCAUUACAAAAUGAAAAUAGAAGAAUUAGAAAAGGAUAGAUCAAAUGCCUUACAAAAGGCGUAACCUGAAGAUUUCAAAUUAGCUGAUAAAAUUAGAAGAGUAUUUAAAAAUAUAAUACUUAUAGAAUUAAAGCAAACUUUCGAGUUCUGAAUCUAAUUAUAAGUAAAAACUUUCAGAGAUACUAAAUAAUAUGAACAAAUUAUUAGGAAACUAUUAUAAAAUGAUUAAUUCAAGUCUUGAUACAGUAUUAAAUACUUAUUAUUUAGUUUAUUAAUAUAAAUUAUGAUUUGUAUAUGAAUGCUAAAUCAAUUGUAAAAAAGAAUUUAAAAGCUUUUAAUAAAUUUAAAUAUCCAGAAUAGGAACCUCUUAUUGAUUUACUGAAAGAGUAACAAGAAAUGCAAACACUUUUGGUAAUAGAAUUAUAAAAAGAAAAAGAAAAAGAGAAAGAGAAAGAGAAAGAGAAAGAAAAAGAGAAAGAGAAAGAGAAAGAAAAAGAGAAAGAGAAAGAGAAAGAGAAAGAAUAAGAUGAGAUAAAAUCGUAUUAAUAAUCUUAAUAAUUUGGACCUCCUUAGUAAAUUUCAUAAAGGGAUUUAAAUAAAUUUAAUCCUUUUGGUUAAACCUUACCUCCACAAUAUAUUAGUUCAUAAAUGAAUAACUUUCAAAAUAGUUUUGUAUCCUAAUAAUAAUUUAUGAAUCCAACAACACUUUCCCAAAGAUAAUCUAUGAGUAACAAUUUUAUGAAUUAACAGAAUUUCUAAUAACCCUUUGAUGAUGUUGGAUUUUAAAUGAUAACAGACAUGAGAUAAAGCUAAUUACAUAAUCAAUAAUUAUCUCAAAGUUCAAUAUUAAGCCCAACUAAUUUUGUCAAUAACAAUCCUUUUACAAGCUAGCAAUACAUAAAUUAAAGAUCUAGUUUAUAAUAACCGGUCUAAUCAUUCGAUACUCAAAAGAAUAGGACACAACAACCUGGGUCCUAAAAUCCAUUUUUUGAUUUUGAUGGGGAUCUUUCUAAAAGGGCUAUUUAAGAUAAUCCUUAUACCUAUAACUAAUAAUGGCAAGAUAAUAAAAAAACUAAUCCUUUUGCUUGA